AUGAGUGCCUACUGUAUUGCGUUCCUCCUUAUUCUUAUCACUGGUACUGAAACAUGCAGUGAUUCUGCUUCCAACUGCGCUAACUGGGUUGCAAACGGAUUUUGCACAUCAACUUUUUACACCACCGCUCAAAAAACUGAGUACUGUGCAUCGUCAUGCGGGUUGUGCUCUUCUUCUUCCUUCUCUUCCACCACAGCUUCAUCUUCCUCCUGCACAGAUUCCAGUUCUAGCUGUACUUCAUGGGCUGCUAAUGGAUUUUGCACUUCUACUUUCUACACAACCGCCCUGAAAACCCAAUACUGUGCGUCUACUUGCUCCUUGUGCUCUGAUUCUAGUUCAUCUUCUUCUUCAUCUUCUUCAUCAUCAAGUGCUACAACUUCUGCCUCGUCUUCUUCCUCUUCAUCGUCAUCCUCUUCCUCUGCUACCACAUCAUCAUCAGAUUCUACAACUGCUAACACUGAAUCUACAACUUAUUCUUCGACAUCGUCAGAUUCCUCAUCAUCAUCAUCUUCUUCUGAUUCUUCUUCCUCAUUCUCAUCCUCAACAUCCACUGCUACCACAUCUGCCACUACCUGCACUGAUUCAUCCUCGAGUUGCUCUUCCUGGGCUGCCAAUGGUUUCUGCACAUCUUCGUUCUACACCACUGCUAUCAAAACUCAAUACUGUGCUUCUACAUGCUCUCUAUGUUCUUCCUCGGAUAGUUCGUCUUCAAGUUCCAGUUCCACUGCAUCCACCUCGUCUACCUGCACAGAUUCGGCGUCUGCAUGCUCUUCCUGGGCUGCCAGUGGAUACUGCACCAACAGUUUUUACACCGAUGCUCAACGAAUCCUCUACUGUGCGAAAACCUGCGGAUUGUGUUAA